GCCACUGUAAUCUGACGCGUUGGUUUCUCUGGUUUACGACUAGUUUUACGUUUCACAAAAUCUACGGUUCCACGCCAGGAAUGUCCGACCGUGUGUAAGAAAUAGCUAGUGUCAAGCCUGGUAUGCGUAACGCAAUACCGUCUCAAUUUACAGUUGCAAAGACAGUUUUUACUUUUGUUGUUGUGAAUUGCCCGUUGACCCUUCCGCGCGUAAUGUUACACUCGACCCACUCAUCCCCACGUGGCCCGCUUUACAACGCGAUCAAAACGAACGCCGCUACGCAGGGUAGCACAAUACAGAUGCUGGCUCCGUCUGCCAAAGGAACAAUACUCUAUGUCGUCUGCUAGUAACAAUAACGGAGAUAGUCCAUAUACGUUUAGAAGCCGCCGGAAGACAAAGACGCAAUUACACGGUUCCUAGAGUGGCAUCUAGAUCAUAAAGUUUGCAGUUUAUUUGGAUAUGAAAGGACAACAAAAAAGAAAAACUGACAUGUUUUUUCAUAGGAUUUAAUCGGAUAUAUUCAGCCAUGCAGUUAUUGAUUCAUGUUUUUGUUUCGUGUGUGCUGUGCAUGGUUGCCGAAUCUCUGGGAUGGAAAAAUGGUAAGCUUCAUGAAUAUCAGACUGCCGACGCUUGUCAGGGCGAUGGAGAGAGUUUACGCUGCGAUGGAGACAGCAUAAUCAAUAUCCACAGCACUGUGUGCGGCUCAGACAGCCACGGAUGCACUCCAACUACCAGAGCGACCAUUAAUAAUUUAUGCAACGGCCAAAGGUCGUGUGGUGGUCUUGGACUGAGAAAUGUACUGUCGGCUUAUUGCAACGACACGCAUGAUGUCAUUCGGCAAGCCCACGUGACCUUCACAUGUGUGCCUGGUCACAUGACUAAAUGCAAGUCUAAUAUCUGCGACGAGUCGAGCCCGGGUCUGCAGUGUGACAGCGGAUCAGUGGUGCACUUCACGAAAGUCACGUGUUACGCCGGCGACGAGACAUGCAUGUGGUCGACGUUCGUGACGCUGUAUUCGCUGUGCGAGGGCCAACAGUCGUGUGGAGCGUCCGGGCUGAGGACACUGAUGCCCACCUACUGCAUGACCAACGUCUUUGCUCUCCGCAACGUCUUUGUCGACUUCGUCUGCCUGCCAGAGUCGAUGAUAGCCAACAAAUGCACCGGAAGUUACAAGGAACUGACCAAUCGUUUUGGAGUAAUAAUGAACCCCGGUUACACAGACGGCAAUGGCGCUCUUUCCGGCCAGUGCUAUUGGCUGAUAAAGAUAGGUCACGGUCAGAGAACAAAGGUCAUCAUUCACUUGGCCUACAGCAAGAAGGGGAUGCCGAACUGCACGUCCCAGUUUCUCCAGAUCCGUUACACGGAGUGUGUGGGCGGGAAGUCCCGGAUCGAGUCGUACUGUGACCUGCGCAAGGUGAACCAGGAGCUGAUAUCCUGUGGAGAUGUCUAUAUCACCAGCUUCCUGCCGUCCUCCAUGGAAGACCUGUCCGACCAGUUCCUUCUGUCCUAUACCAUUUACAACGACACGAGCGUACCUGGCGCGAUAUCACCGGAAGACGUCAGAGUCUGUGGAGCAACGCCAACGCUGCCUGUUGUGCCGUCAUGGACGACGUCAUCACAACCACCAGCUAGUGUCUCGAAGAAAAACUACAUCCCCAAAGGGUCUUUAGUCAAACAGCAUGGUGACACAACAAAGAAAGGGUUCGAUAUAGCCGCCAUAGAAAACAGAGCAGAUCCAGCGGAAAUAACGUUAAAAUUUAAGCUGGUCAUAUUAUAUAUAUUCUUCGGCAUUAUAAUAGCGGCCUUGGUCUUAGCGCUGAUAUUUGUUAUUAUGAGCUACAGACGGAUUGCGUCCAAGGGAAAAUACGAGAUGGAAUCCAACAGCGAGAAGGCCGUCCUGUGGAAGAGUGAGAGUACACAGAUGGACACGUUCAGACACAACAGCAUUGCAGAACUCUCGGCUUCAGGACAGCUGGACACCACUACCACCACCACGACCAACAGCACAGACUGCGGUCAAAACCACCAUACAGACAGCAGACAUAUCGCAACCAUCCACGUCCCCAGUGCCUCAGAACGCGAGAAGCGACGCAGCGGAGAAUCGUUCCAGAGUGACAACGUCAAUCACGGCAUCUACGAGGACCCGUUCAGUUCCGACCCCUACGCGACGUACUCCAGCAUACACGACGACCGGCCGCCGACGAAAGCGUCGAGGAACAGUCAAGACAUGAAUGGCCGACCUGCGACUAGAGACAGGUCGUCGCCGCGAAACGCCGAUAGGAAUUCUGUGCGCCCCGUCGCGGCCCCUUCGCUGCCCGGUGGCGUAGAACACUACAGUAUAAACGACGACGACUACGCGAUCGUGAGGAAGUCGCGCAAGUCGAAUGGAAAAGUGUACAACCCAGUCGAAGACGAUCCCACUUACGACAACCUCUUUGACGAGGAACUCAUUGGUUUUCGGCCAACUUCCGGUCCCUAUGAUAAGAACCGGAAUUCCGGUAUGGACUUGAACAUCCGGUUAUCGGCGCUAGACACUUGGGACGACGAGUUGUAGCAAAACGCUGGCAGGAGGCGGACUGAAUAGUCAGAAAACAGAGGUUAAAGAAACGGGCUAGCUGUCACGCCACUGUGAAGUGAUGCAGUAGACUCAAAUCAGAAUACACAGGUGUGUCAUUAGGUAAUCUAUGGGCAUGGAACCAAAUCGAUAUAAUGAUUUGUGUAAGAAAACUGACUGAUUGCUGGGUCCCAGAAUCCAGAUCGCUACGGUUCCAGGACAUUGUCAAACCUGAUGAAUCCGAAGACCCAAUAUAAGUACUGUCAAUCCAGCUACUGUCCGCUAUUCUGUUGUUGUUCUAACAUCGUUGCUGAUGCAAGUUCAUUGAUAGGGAAGAUUGGUACUCGAAUUAUACAGUGAAAUCUAAGUCAACGAAUACGUAGUGCUGCUACAUAGCGAUCAGUAUGCUUAACGCGGUGAUUUGAGUAUAUCUAGUGGUAUUUAGUUUUAAAUUGUCUGUGUUGUCUGUGAACCAGACCUGGGUUGUGCCGAUAAAAGAUCACGGGUGUCAGUAAAGCACACACUAUGAAAGUUGUUCCGGGAAAGCGAAUAUAGAUAUAAUAAGAAUUAUUAUUUUUAUGUUUAAUUACAAAAAUGUUUGACCUCUUGUCACUAAAUAUUUUAAGCACGUUGUAGUUUAUGAUUGAGUGUGACCAUCUUCACGUUAUAAUUGAGUGUGACCAUAUUCACGUUAUAAUUAAUUGGCUGGUGAUGGCAGCAGGUUCACGUCUUCAUAUCUCGAUCUUGAAAACCAACGUAAUCGGCGACAUCUAAUCCAUAAACGUACGAGACAGUCCCCCCCCCCCCCCCCCCCC